GCCGCCUCAGUGGAACUUCGGCCGCAGUCGCGAGUGUUUCGGCGGUACUCGGCACCGACCGGGGCGGUCACAGGGUGCGCGAUUAGGUGCGAGAUUCGAGUGCGAAGGAGCAUCCCCGUGCGCGCGGGCGCGCGCGCCCACCCACCCAACCUUCCGCUCGCGGUGUGUUGUUUUUAUGUGUUCGUGCGCGUCGCUCCGUCCGUCUGUCCGCGGUGUGCAUGCGCGCAUGCACGUAUAUGCGUGGUGACCCGCGCGCUCCUCGCUGACGAAGAGAAGAGCGAGCUGUUGCCGUUGUUGCUGCUGCUGUUAUGCGUUCUCACGACCGCUGGUAGCUCGUCGCGAUCAUGUCGCGAAAAUAAUCGCGAGUGUGUAAUCUCUCUCUCUCUCUCUCUCUCUGGAGAGGUAGCAGCCGUCGGACUCUGCUGCUCCUCGAACCUGCCACUCUGUCACUCCGUCUUGCUCCCUCGUUUUCUCGUCAUUCAUUUUCCUCUCUGUCAUUCUCUCUUUCUCUCUCGCGCCCUCUUUAUUCAACGCGCUCUUUCCAUCUCUCUCUCUCUCUCUCGCUCCCUGUCACUCUCCGUACGUACCGGAACGACGACGACGACGACGACGUUCGUAUACUUCGCGUACCGCGCGUCGAAGCAGAAAAGCAGCGUACGGGCGAAGAGGAGAGACGAAAAAAGUACGUGAUCGGGGUGGCGUUUCCCCGCGGAAUUCAUGGUGAGACUGGUGAGAGACAAGUGAAGUGAACGGUGAAACUCGCGGAGUGUGAGAGAAGUGCCGCGCGUUCGCCGGCAACGACUACGACGACGACGACAACGACGACGACGACGACGACGUGCGACGGCGACGGCGACGGCGACGACGAGCGAGGGCGAGUCGCGACGGUGGCGAGAAGCGAUUCGCCGACAGCGGGACAACCUCGCUUGCAGCUGGGCGCUGGGUAGAGGAGGAGGGUGGGGGGUGGAGGACGGAACAACUGACGGAAAGGGAGAACGUGAAGCGGAAAGAUGCCGGGCCUGAUCGCUGUGAGCGAGUUCGUCGAGGAGACGAGGGAGGACUACAACUCGCCCACCACGUCCACCUUCGUCUCGCGGAUGCCACAGUGCAGGCAGACCAUCACGUCCCUCGAGGAGACUCUGGACUUCGACAGGGAUGGUCUUACGAAGCUGAAGAAGGCUAUCAAGGCUAUUCACAACUCUGGAAACGCUCAUGUGGACAACGAGGUGUACUUAGGAAGAGCGUUAGAGAGACUCGGUGAUGCCGCUCUCAAGGAACAGGAACCGGACAUAGGUGCGGCUUUUCUCAAAUUCGCGGUGGUCACGAAGGAACUGAGCGCCCUCAUGAAGACCCUGAUGCAAAAUAUCAACAACAUCGUGAUGUUUCCAUUGGAUUCGGUGCUGAAGGGUGAUCUGAGGGGCGUGAAAGGGGAUCUAAAGAGGCCCUUUGAGAAAGCCUGGAAGGACUAUGAGGCAAAGUAUGCGAAAAUCGAAAAGGAGAAGAAGCAGCACGCGAAAGAAGCCGGUCUGAUUCGUACGGAGAUCACUCCCGCCGAGGUCGCAGACGAGAUGGAGAAGGAGAGACGGUUGUUUCAGUUGCAAAUGUGCGAGUAUCUGAUCAAAGUGAACGAGAUCAAAACGAAGAAGGGUAUCGAGCUGUUACAGCAUCUAGUCGAAUAUUACCACGCGCAAACAAAUUACUUUCAGGACGGCUUAAAGACCAUUGAACACUUCGGCUCGUACGUGGCCGACCUAAGCGUGAAAUUGCAAAAAAUCAGACAGACGCAGGAUGAGGAACGAAGACGACUAACGGAACUUAGGAGUCUUCUUAGAAGCUCCGGAUGUGACAAAGAGCUGAACGCGAAUGCAAACGCGGGUUAUUCGCUGCAUCAGCUGCAGGGCGACAAGCAGCACGGCGUCACGCGCUCCGGCCACCUGCUGAAGAAGAGCGAAGGCAAGAUGAGGCGAGUCUGGCAGAAGAGGCGAUGCGCCGUGCAGGCGGAGGGCUACCUCGAUAUUUGCCACGCGGACGAGAACAAGCCGCCCACCAGGGUGAACCUAUUGACCUGCCAGAUUAAGUUAGUACCAGACGACAAGCGAGGCUUCGAUCUCAUAAGCUACAAUAGGACGUACCACUUUCAAGCGGAGGACGAGGCGGACCAGCGCGCGUGGAUGUCGGUUCUCGUGAAUUGUAAGGAGCGUGCCCUGUUGCGAGCAUUCGACGCGAGCGGCAAGGCGGAGGCCGGUAGCGGCAAUCCUAGUCUCGUAGAGCUGCAGCAGGCUGUUAUACGAUGCGUUAUGCGAUUACCCGGAAACGAUCAGUGCUGUGAUUGCUCCUCGCAGAACGACGCCACGUGGCUGUCGACGAACUUCGGCAUAAUAGUAUGCAUAGAGUGCAGUGGCAUCCACCGGGACCUAGGCGUGCACAUAUCGCGAAUACAAUCUCUGACGUUGGAUAACGUCGGCACCGCUCAGCUGUUGCUCGCGCGACACAUGACGAAUCAGGCAUUCAACGAGGUGAUGGAGGCGACGUUGCGUCACAAUCUCAAGCCGUCGCCGACGUCGACAAUGGAAGAGAGGUAUGAGUUCAUACGCGCCAAGUACGUGGACAAGAGAUACGUGAUGAAUACGUGCGCAGACGAGCGCGAUUUACUUUCCGAUUUGGAACAUGCUGUUAAUAAUCGCGAUCUGCAGCAACUUCUGCAAGUUUAUGCCGAAAACGUGGAUCUGGCUGCGCCAUUGCCGACAUCGGACGUAGGCGAAACUGCGUUACACUUGGCCAUUCUGCGCGAGAUGGGUAGCAGUUUGCACAUCGUGGACUUCCUAGUGCAAAAUAUGCCGAGCGGCGGUAUCGACAGGGCGACCAUCGAUGGCGAAACGGCGCUACAUCUUUCCGCGCGACACGACAGAGCGGAAGCAAUGAAGCUGCUUUUACGAGCUGGCGCGGAUCCCUCGCAGCGAAACAAACAGGAUAAGACACCGCUGGACAUCGCCCAGGAAAUGGGACACCACACGUGCAAGGAACUGCUCAGUCACGCUCUUCAGAGACAGAAAACGUUAUUUGAUAAUGUCAAUAUUGACUGGAAUCUUUCUCACGAUGAAGGUUCCACGGAUUUCUCUGACGACGAGACGAUAAUAGAAGACAGAAAUGGAUGUUUAACGCCUGAGAAAAAAUCACGUAGCAGACCGCCGUCAUAUGCCGGAGGUGGUGGUACGGGUUCGGGUGAUUCGCCAGUAACAUUACGCAGUCGGAGCAGCACUUGCGACAGUUUACAAAGCGGAUCUUCUCCGAGCGCCUCGACAAACCGUCAGCAAAUGCCUCCGCCACCGCCACCACAAGCUAGAAAACCCGUAGCUGUGCCCACUCCCAUGGUGCCGGACAUUUCAGUGAACAUUCAUGGCUCGCUGAAGAAGCGGGUUGCGCCGCCGCCGCCGCCCGGUGGGAACCCCGUCGCGAGCGGUGUUGUCUUGCCGUCGUCGCACUACGGUACGCUACCUACGUUGGCUACGUCGACGCAUAGUCGUACGACCAGCGAGCCGAUUUUAGCUGGCCACACUUUACACACUCUACCGCAUACGUUGAAUACACUAAAUAGCCAUCAUAAGAGAUCACCGAGCAGCGACUCGUCGACCGGACACGGUAUGGACAAGACGAACAGCUCGACGUUACAGAGACCGCGGAAUCCACCACCUCCGGCUCCAUCUAGCAUCACGACCAGGCUAAGCAACGGACGUAGCAGCGAGUCCUUGAGUUCUAUGUGUUCGGAUCACAGUCUCGGCAAUCCUAUUCCGCCGCCACGAAAGCGAAGGGACCGGUCCAGGCUAGAGAGCUACGCCGAAGAGCCUUCAUCUUUGCUCCCAAAUCUGAAUCUGCCCACAUCAUCGACUUUGAGUGGCCUGCGACGUUGCCGGGCACUGUACGAUUGUGAGGCAGACAACGAGGACGAGCUGUCGUUCCGCGAGGGUGAGGUCAUCAUCGUGACGAACGAGCAGACUGACGAUGACAACUGGAUGGAAGGCGCGUUAGAACGGGCGCCCGAGCGACGGGGUAUGUUUCCGAUUAGUUUCGUGCACAUGCUGCAGGAUUAACAUUCGGUAAGCCUGAACUCGUUGGCGAGCGUCACCAGCACUGCCAGUUCGAUGAGUAUCGCCAGUCUCGGCCGCAGAAAUUGGCUGAGGAAACCAAAGGAGUGAAGCACUCAAGCCAUUUUUCCGUCGUAUCUUCAGAAAGUUUGAAGUGGAAAAUCCAAAAGAAGAAGAAACGUUUGGAUAUUGACGAACGUUCGUUGUCGAAUAAAGGAUUUAAUCCGCAUCUUGAUUCUCUCAUUUUUCAUGUUUUCCUAGGAAAAUUGACAUAUGGAUGUAAAGUACAUCAACGUAGACAAUUUUGCACCUGUACAUGGAGCAAAUGCUUAAAAAAUCGAGAAGAAUACGACAUAAAUAUAUUUUUUGUUUUGAAAAGCACGACACAAGUUUAUAUAUUUAUUCUGAAAUUAAAUGCUUGGUUUUUUUUCAAGAUGAACAAAAACUUUUUCACUUCAAAUCACUUUUAUGUAAUUAUCUAUUAAAAAAUCAAAUUAAGGCUGAUUCACUUGAUAUACACUAAAUGCUUAGAAUAAACUGAUCAAUCGAAACAAAAAAUUUUUAAUUGGGAAUAUAUAUAUUUAAUAUCGCCUUUACGUUUGUGUAUAUAACUAAUUAUUUAAAUUUACAAUCACCAGCAAAAAAUUUUACUAAUUGAUCAACCAGAAAAUGCUUUGAACCUUUUGUAGCAUCAAGUGAACUGUAGCCUAUGUUAUAUAUCAAAAUAUAUAACUGAACAUAAAAAAAAAACAUACAUUGAAGUAUUUUUGUUACUGUAAAUUAUAUUACUAUUUUAUUUUAAUAAUUUAAUUAUAUAAUUAUUUAAGUUUUAUCGUUAACUUGUUAAACACUAAAAGAUUAAAAAAUUUUUCUCUUCUACGGUGCAAAAUUAUUUCUGCUGAUGUUCUGGUAUUCAAUCCUACAAUACGAAUGAUUCUUUUAAAUCGAUUGAAUGCCUUAAUAUCAAUUUUAAUUCACUCUUUUGUGUGUAAUGUAACAUGAAUGCGUACUAAUAUCUUUAUGUUUCAAGAAAAUUAGAGAAAAUAUAUUUCAAUUUGCUUUUUUGGCUCGAAAAUCAACAGACAUUUCGAAAACUUUACACUGGGCUAUAAUCAACAUGUAUGGGUUGUGUUAACUGCGUAAUUAUUAAGAAAUGACCGACCAUUUAGCCGAGUAUUAGUGUCUUACGUUGGAUGACAAUCAUAUUGAGACUCUCGAAGAAAUAUGAAUAUUAUGGUCGAUGAUGGAUACUCGGAAUUUUGUUUCGUCAUCCAGGCAUGAUUACGCAGUGGAAUUUACCUUUUCUUGAAAACUUUUUUUAAAAAUAUGCGAUAGAGGAGUACAAACGCCGUGAUGUGACAUUCACGGAUUUCUGGUGUUUGUCGCAAAGAAUGUUGUAUCUGAAGAGUUUAUAUGUAGAGAGAUCUAUAUGAUAUGUAUUCGUCUAACUCAUAUAUAUUAUAUUAUAUACGGUAAGCAAUUGUUUGCAUGUAGUCUAGUUGCAAAAUAAUCCGGCUGACAAAGUAUGACGUCGAGAAUAACGUUGACAAAAAGCACGUCGCACGAUUGACAUUAAAAUCGAAAUUGAGUAUGAUUCUCGCGUUAAAAAAUGUGAUAUAAAUAAAUAUUAUAUUUCAGAGUAAAUUAUUAAUAUAUUAUGAAGUAACGCAUCUACGAACAAAAUGUGAGACGAACAUUUUCCAUACCAAAUGAUUGCUGUAGAAAUAAUGUAGAUUUUAUCCGAUGCAAAACACUAAAAAGAAACAUAAACAAAGUAUCUAUCAACAGAGAAAAUAUAAUAAUAAAUAUUUAACAAUAUAAAAUAAAAUAUAGUAGUUUCUAAGAAAGUAUAAAAGAGACUCUCAAAAUGCGGAUUAGAGGAGCAUGAGCUUUCAAUGAUUAUGCCAUUGUUUUGAAAAAGUCCUAUAUAAUACACUGAUGAUUGCGCUGGACAGAGAAAAAGACGUGCACGUGUUUUCGUGUCUCAUCGUUUGUACGUUUUAUUGAUCUGGCGCACACUUCUUUUUUCUGUACUGCCAAUAACCGAUCGAUUUAACAUAGGGAUAGAUAAACUUACGUAUAUAGAAUCGUAUUUAUAUUUCGCAUUUAGCGCGAAAUAUUGAUUCUAAAGCUAAGGAUAAUGUUAAAUCGUGGAUCUCUUUUCGUACAAGAGACAAAUAAAUUUCUGAAUCAAACGACCACGUUUGGCGUUAAAUGUGAGAAUGUACGGAUGCAAACUAUAGCCUUUAGGGUGCGUGGAAUGUGUUGCGGAGAUGAUUAAAUUUAGCGUAUAGAGAAAAGAACAGGAGGUAAAGUUUAGCGGUCGUCGAGAUGUUACACCAAUAUAUUGCAUGACAAGUAUUAUUAGUUUACUCGAUUUAAGAACGUCAUUACGUACGACUGUAUAUAUAUAUAUAUAUUUUUUUUUUCUUUCCGUAAUGCCAUACUACAUAUUAGUCGAUCCUCAAAUAGAAUGCGGGACUUGGAACCAGUUUACUAGCCGCCAAGCGUGCUACGAAACAUGAUGGAAACACGUGAUGUAACGCGACAAGUGGAAUUCUUCACACUUCGCGUUAUAUUAUCAAUAUUCUAUUUGAAUGUAUGAGACCAAAGAGGAUUAUUUUGCGAAUGGCGAGAAGAGAGCCGUUUCGAGAACGGUGUGUUUGCGGAAUUAUUUAGUCUAAAUGGCGUUUACCAAUAAAAUUUGUUUCUUGGAUGGAACGGAGAAAGCUGCAGCGAAAGCGAUACACUUAUUAUGUUAAUGACGGUAUAGCAUUGCCGAUCGGUAAAAUGAUUCCGCAAGUCACCACAAUUCGGUAACAAUUCCAUCAAUGUGUGUUCGGCUCGUGUAAUGUUAUACGGAUCUUAUGCCGAUAUUCGGACAGUAUGAAUUACUGAAAACUGUACUGUUUUCCUUAUGAUUAUUAUAAGGCUUUGUACAUACGAAAACUAGAGUAUACCGCUGCAAGCUAUUAGCUGUGACAUUAUCUCCUAAACAUAACUGUUUGAUUUAAAGAUCCAAAAAA